AUGUUUGGCCCGGCAAAGGGUGGCCAUUUUGGAGUCCACUCCGCGGUUGACUGUCCCGGCGGCGUUUUCCAUCCUGCUGCCGGGACCAAGGCCGGUCCCACUGGUGCCUGGCCAAUGGGUGGCCUAACCGACACGAAGUGGCGGCUCCGCUGCAAAGCCAAAGGUGGCAACUAUGUUUUGCAGGAUUUGUCCAGCCAGACCCGGGUGCGGGAACUCCAGGGCCAAAUUGCUGCAAUCACCGGGAUCGCCCCCGGUUGUCAGCGAAUCCUCGUCGGAUACCCACCCGAGUGCCUGGAUCUCAGCAAUGGGGAUACUAUGCUGGGGGAUCUGCCCAUCCAGUCAGGUGACAUGCUGAUCGUUGAAGAAGAUCAAACCAGGCCCCACACUUCACCUGCAUUUACCAGACAUGGUGCUCCUAGUUAUGUCAGGGAAACUUUGCCUGUGCUUACCAGAACCGUGGUCCCAGCUGACAACUCUUGCCUCUUUACCAGUGUAUACUAUGUUGUUGAAGGAGGAGUCUUGAAUCCAGCUUGUGCCCCUGAGAUGAGACGCCUCAUAGCACAAAUUGUAGCAAGUGAUCCAGAUUUCUAUAGCGAAGCAAUACUGGGAAAAACAAAUCAAGAGUACUGUGAAUGGAUCAAAAGAGAUGAUACUUGGGGAGGAGCUAUUGAGAUAUCAAUUUUGUCUAAAUAUUAUCAAUGCGAAAUAUGUGUAGUAGAUACACAGACAGUAAGAAUUGAUCGUUUUGGGGAAGAUGCAGGCUAUGCUAAAAGGGUCCUGCUUAUUUAUGAUGGUGUCCACUAUGAUCCGCUUCAGCGUAACUUUCCUGACCCAGACACCCCUCCUCUGACCAUUUUCUCCUCUAAUGAUGAUAUUGUUCUUGUACAAGCACUGGAAUUAGCAGAUGAAGCUAGAAGAAGGAGACAGUUUACUGACAUAAACCGCUUCACCCUGCGAUGCAUGGUAUGUCAAAAGGGAUUAACUGGACAAGCGGAAGCAAGGGAACAUGCCAAGGAGACAGGCCAUACCAACUUUGGAGAAGUGUGAUCUAUGCAUGAUGAGGAUUAAAGCCUACUACCUCACAGAUCCAGAAGGUUCUGCGUUUUCCAAUAAGUUAUUCAUAACCCUAAAGAACAAAGGACACAAUGCUUGAACCAUCCUUUUAAAUUUAAAACCACUAAGGCACUGAAAUUCCUUGUUAAGAUUAAAAUUAGUGUGCAAGUUUACAGAUGUGUGUCUACAGCGGUGAUACAUGCCCUCUUUCUGGGGUGACAGAAUAGAUGGUCCAUGCUACCGACUGACACUAACAUGAAGAUUGAGUUUUAGUAUUAUAACUAGCAGCAUUAACUUGUAGAAGAAAACAGCAUCAUAUUUUGGGUAGUGCCGAAGGCCUCAUGUGAGGCCAUUGGACCUAAACCACAAUGUCUCCAAUAAUUGAGUCCUUUUAAAAACUCUGAGCUAAUAGUUUCUAAAUUAUGAACUGAUUCCUCAAGUGAAGAUACACGGAAUUGUCAAAACUGAUUUUGUAUUGUAAUUUGGUAGACUUUGUAAAAUGUGUACUUGGCCAGUUAUAAGUACAUAACAAGCAUUUUUACCGGGAUGAGCCUAUUCCCUGACAAUGUUACCUAAAAACAGGAACUGAUAGUGCCCAAUUUAGGAGAUCUAGUGUAUAAAAGUAGAAUGUAUGAGAGAAAAGGUGCCUGAGCAGCUUACUGAAGCUUUAAAAGACCAUUGACCUCGUAUUUUAACGAAACUCAUUUAUUAACCUUUGUCACAUUGGAUAAAAUUUAAAUUUAAGCAGGGUAUGUUUUUUUAAUUGAAGUUCUAUAAAAUUGGAAUGCUUGAAUUUUCCUUUUUUACAUUAAGAUUCGGAGGGAUUUAUUUUCCUCAGCUUUUUGUUAAGAGACUUCCUCCAAGUCCUAAAAAAAUGUUCAUCUAAAGUGAUAAAGAUAUGCUUUGGUUUGGU